CCUGGCCUGUCUGUUAUGUGUAUCCAGAUGGGUCAGUGGUGGAGCCUGAUAUGUCAGCUGGGUUCUGUCCGGACCACAAGGCAGCCAUGGUGCUGUUCCUGGACCGGGUCUACGGGAUAGAGGACCAGAACUUCCUGCUUCAUCUGCUGGAGGUGGGCUUCCUGCCUGACCUCAGGGCUGCUGCCUCGCUCGACACAGCUGCUCUGAGCGCUACAGACAUGGCCCUGGCCCUCAACAGGUACCUGUGUACAGCGGUUCUGCCCCUGCUCACUAAAUGUGCCCCGCUGUUCGCUGGGACAGAGCCCUACGCCUCGCUCAUAGACUCUCUACUUCACACCGUCUACCGUCUCUCUAAGGGAUGCUGCCUCACCAAGGCGCAGAGAGACGCCAUCGAGGAAUGUCUGCUGGCCACCUGUGGUCAGCUGAGGCCGUCCAUGAUGCAGCACCUGCUGAGACGCUUGGUGUUUGAUGUUCCUCUCCUCAACGAACACACCAAGAUGCCUCUCAAGCUGUUGACCAAUCACUACGAGCGUUGCUGGAAGUACUACUGUCUGACGGGCGGCUGGGGGAGCUUUGGGGCGUCGUCGGACGAAGAGCUGCAUCUCUCCAGGAAGCUGUUCUGGGGCAUCUUCGACGCUCUGUCUCGUAAGAGGUAUGAUCAGGAGCUGUUUAAGCUAGCUCUGCCGUGUCUAAGUGCCGUAGCCGGGGCACUACCACCUGACUACAUGGAGAGUAACUACGUGGCCGUGAUGGAGAAACAGUCCUCUAUGGACGCGGAGGGAAACUUCAACCCACAGCCUGCAGACACCACCAAUGUGAACGUCCCGGAGAAGCUGGAUUACUUUGUUAAUAAAUAUGCCGAGCAUUCCCAUGACAAGUGGUCCAUGGACAAGUUUUCCAACGGUUGGGUUCACGGGGACAAGGUCUGUGAGGUCUCUAAAGCCCACCCUCUCCUCAAGCCCUAUAAAGGGCUGUCAGAGAAGGAUAAAGAGUUUUACCGCUGGCCUAUCAAGGAGUCUCUGAAGACGAUGAUGGUGUGGUGCUGGAGCAUAGAGAGGACCAGGGAAGGAGACCCAGCCAGCCUACACAACAGAGGACGUAGGAUCUCUCAGAUCAGCCAGCAACACUCUGUCGAAGGAGCUCCAGGUUUCAGCCCCAGACCCAUCGACAUGAGCAAUGUGACACUGUCCCGGGACCUGCACUCUAUGGCAGAACUGCUUGCAGAGAACUAUCAUAAUAUUUGGGCGAAGAAGAAGAAGCUGGAACUAGAAGCCAAAGGAGGAGGGAACCAUCCCUUACUGGUGCCCUAUGACACGCUCACCGCCAGAGAGAAAUACAAAGACAGAGGAAAAGCCCAAGACAUUCUCAAGUUCUUUCAGAUUAAUGGCUACACUGUAUCCAGGGCCAUGAAAGAGCAGGAGCUGGAUACCCCCUCCAUAGAGAAGCGUUUUGCCUACACCUUUCUGCAGCAGCUCAUCACUGAUGUAGACGGGGCCCACGAACACAUGCUGGAGUCUGACGUUGGGACACCACCGAAAGGAGAGAGCGUUCCUCACGAGCAGCAGAUGAAGUUUUUUGGAAAGGUGGUCCUGCCAUUGGUCGACCAGUACUUCAAGAAUCACCGCCUCUACUUCCUUUCCACGGCCAUCCGACCAAUCAGCAGCGGGGGCCACGCCUCCAAUAAGGAGAAGGAGAUGGUGACAAGUCUGUUCUGCAAACUGGGACUUCUUGUCAGACAUAGGAUAUCAUUGUUUGGUAAGAAGGCUGUGAAGAGUGUGCUUCUAAGGAUAGUGUGGACAAUUGGGCCUGUGUCCCAAAAUGGCUCCAUAUUCCUUAUAUGGUCCACUACUUUUGACCAGAUCCCUAUGCACUAUGUAGUGCACUACUUUUGACCAGAUCCCUAUGCA